UUAAAACAUCUCUCACCUUUGACUCUCUCUUCUCUCUCGUGUAGAAGAACAAGAACAAACUCUCUGCUUGCUGUACUUUGUUUAUCUCUCUUGUCUCAUUUUUCUCCUUAAAAAUCUACUUCUUCUUUGUAUUAUACUCUACUGUUUUUUUUUGUGUGUUUUUUUCAUUUGAAGAGACCCAGAGAAAGAGAUAAAUUUUAAUGGUAUGAGGCCGUUUCACUGAAAUCGAUUCUCCCUGGAAAAGUUCUUUCACACCACCUCAGAAAAAUAUAUAUUUUGUUACCAGGAAAAAAGUUUAUGACUAUGACUAUGGCUGGUGGGAACGAAGUCAACCUAAGCGAAUGCAAGAGAAUAGUCCCACUCAACACAUGGGUCCUCAUUUCCAACUUCAAGCUCGCUUACACUCUCCUCCGCCGUCCCGACGGCUCUUUCAACCGUCACCUCGCCGAGUUUCUUGACCGUAAAGUUCCCGCCAACUCUUUCCCCGUCGACGGUGUCUUCUCCUUCGACCACGUCGACACCUCCGCCUCCACCAACCUUCUCACCAGAAUCUACCUUCCAGCUCCCCUCGACCCUUUCCGCUACGGCACCGUCGACCUUACGGAGCCUCUCAGCACGACCGAGAUCGUCCCUGUUCUCGUCUUCUUCCACGGAGGCAGCUUCACUCAUUCCUCCGCCAACAGCGCCAUCUACGACACUUUCUGCCGUCGGCUAGUGACUAUUUGCGGCGUUGUUGUUGUCUCCGUUGACUACCGGAGAUCGCCGGAGCAUCGCUACCCUUGUGCUUACGACGAUGGGUGGAGUGCUCUCAAAUGGGUCAAGUCCAGAAUCUGGCUUCAGAGUGGUAAAGACUCCAAUGUUUAUGUUUACUUGGCUGGUGAUAGCUCUGGUGGCAACAUUGUUCAUCAUGUUGCUGUGAGAGCUACCAACGAAGGAGUUAAAGUUCUUGGGAACAUUCUUCUUCAUCCCAUGUUCGGUGGAGUGGUGAGGACUCAGUCUGAGAUGAGACUUGAUGGCAAAUACUUUGUGACUAUUCAAGAUCGAGACUGGUAUUGGAGGGCUUAUCUGCCUGAAGGCGAAGAUAGAGAUCACCCAGCUUGUAAUCCCUUUGGCCCUCGUGGUCAAACCCUUGAAGGUGUCAACUUCCCCAAGAGUCUUGUCGUUGUUGCUGGUUUAGAUCUUGUUCAGGACUGGCAGUUGGCUUAUGUCGAUGGUCUCAAGAAGACUGGUCACCAUGUUAACCUUUUGUAUCUGAAGCAGGCCACCAUUGGGUUUUACUUCUUGCCUAACAAUGAUCACUUUCAUUGUCUUAUGGACGAGUUAAAGAAGUUUGUGCACUCGAUAGAGGAGUGUAGCCGAAGCACGUCAAGUCCUACUCUUCUGAGUCUAUAGCAGCAUGGAGGUCUACUCAUGUUGCUGCAAUAUAUGAUGGUAUUUUUUUUUUUGUACAGUUUUCCACAAGUAUUGUGGAGUGCCAAGUCACGUUUUUAUGUGUUCGUUAGUCUCCUGAAGCUUCAUAAGUCUGGCUUAUUGUGAGAUGUUGUUGGUUGAGCCGGAAGCAAAAACCAAUUCGGUUGUCGGCAUCUACCGGUUCAGGGCUAAACCGGGAGAUUGUACUUUGCUUGGUAGUAGUACUAGGAGGUAGUCUUUAAUUUGGCUCUAAAGUACAGAGGGUAAAUUUACUAGACAACUAACUUGUCUUCAAUAUGUUGUGAAAAUUAAAAAAAACUUAUCCUGGUACGGAUUUGUAUGUUUAUAUUUAUUUAUAUUUUUUUUUUAGUUUUGCAUAUUUAUUUAUAUUUAACCAUGCUUUUAAUAGAAAAGAACAUGUAUUUGUGGUUCAUGCAUUGAAGGUUUUUGCCUUACACAAGACAAAUCAUUCUUUAAAAAACUUUUCUUUUUCCUUUGCAGUUUUCCAACUUCAACCCACCAAACAUUCAAUCUAAAUCUCUGCUAUAAUUGUGAACAUGUACGAAGCUAAAAAUGAAAACAUAUAUAGAGAAAGAAAGAUUCAAACAUCUAAGUGAAAACCCUAGGGGGACAUAUGGCAAUAGCGUUUUAAAUGAUGACGACUAAAGAAGGAAGCGCAAAUAAAUGUGAGAGAAGAAAAAAAGACAAGUGUUGCGUGUGCACUUUAGGCAAAAGCUUCACAAUGCCAAAACCUAACCCCAUGUCCCCAUCCACUCAGACGAGAGAAAAAAGCUUA